AUGGAGGGAAAUCUCUCAGAUUAAACAUUUUAGGUAAAUUAUUAAAUUUUAAUUAAGGUAUUAUGGAAAUUAAUUGAUGCAUAAAAGAUCAUAUAAAUUGGUUCAGAAUUUGGAAUUAUAUCAUAAUUAGUUAAAAACAGUAUUAAAAUUCUAAUUCUUUGAUCGAUAAUAUAGAUUAUACCAUUCUUGAUAAUUGAAGAUUUUCAAAUAGUGAAUUAGAAGGAGUUUAUUAAAUUCAAUUACAAAAAUUUAUUAAAUAAGAUCUAUUUUAUAACAGAAUAACAGAUCUAAUAUUUGGAAGUAGAUAAAUUUAGCAUUUGAAUUUAGAAAACAAUAAAUUAUAUAAAGUAUCGAAUUUUUUAUUAUUAUAGAUUCAUUUUCUUAAUAAUUUAAAAGACUUAAAAUAUUUGAAUUUAGGAAACUUAAUAGAUAAAAUAGAUUUUUUAGUUUUCAAUAUUUAAUUAAGAACUUGUUGUUAUUAAGUUGGAAGAAUUGAAUAUUAGAAGAAAUAAUAAAAUAUCAACAUUAAAAGGUUCAUUUAGCAAUGCUAAAAAUUUAAAGAUUUUGGAUGUAAGUAUUAAUCAAAUUUGUGA